AUGGCUAAAAAGGAUAAACAACAAAAGAAGAAACUUUCAUAUGGUAAACUUCAAGAAUUUGAAGAUUUAGAUACUUUUGAACAAUUCCUUAAGGAUGAAAGAGAAGAUAAUGAACACAAUAAUGCUCACGCUCAUAUCAAUUACAUUCCACCUUUCGUUUUAGCUGCUUCUCAUAAUGAUCCUGAUAAAGUUAAAGAUUCACAAAAUAGAAAGAAUAAGAAAUUUGUAAGACAUUUACAUCAACAUGUUGAAAAACAUUUGAUUAAAGAUAUCAAAGCAAGUUCUGGUAUGGAUUUAAAUUUUGGUAAACCUGAAACAAUUGAAGAUUUUGAUACGAUAACUUGGAAGUAUACAGAUAGCUCUGAUCAUGGUUUAGGUUUAGAUGGUGAGAAAUUCAAAGUUGAAGUUGUGGUUAAAUGUAACUCAAAUGGUGCUUAUGUUGAUGUCAAUUAUAACACUUUACCAAUCACUGAAGAUUUACAAGUUCCAGUAUAG